AUGCCCUUCCUCCUCUUCUCCCUCCUCAUCCUGUGCACCACCCACGUCGCACGCGCAGCCCUGCCUCCCGCCUGCACCAGGAUCCUCGGCACCCUCAGCGACCGCCUGGACUCCCUGGCCCACUCCUACCAGGCCGAGGUCUGCGCCAAAGGCUGCCAGCCCGCCGUCGCCGACUGGGAAGAAUGGACCUACCAGCACGCCUUCCUGCCCUUUGUCGACACCGUCGCGACGGAGAUGGGCCUGUCGUCGCGCUUCCGAGAAACUUUUAUCCAGUUCGGUGAGCAAGUCGCCGCCGUCGUGAAGAGGGACUGCGGGCCGUUGUUGCAGGGCAAACACUUCUGCGCGGAAUCAGAGGCAUUGAACCAGUGGGGGAGCUGCUUCAAGAAGAAGUCGGCUGUCGUCGCGCUCAAGAACAGUCUCAAGCUGUUUCCGCUGGUGACGUCGGAGAUCUGCAAGGGAGAAUAUACCUAUCUGGAAAAGGACGAGCUGUGGGAGGUGGUUCUUCCGGGGUAUAUGAAGGAGUAUGCAGCGACGUGCAAGAAGGACGAUACACAUGACGAGCUCUAG